AUGGGUCCUCAGAUCCUCAAAAGGUUCUACAGCUGCACCAUCGAGAGCCUCCUGACGGUUUGCAUCACCGCCUGGUAUGGCAACUGCUCGGCAUCUGACCGCAAGGCACUACAGAGGGUGGUGCGUACGGCCCAGUACAUCACUGGCGCCAAGCUUACUGCCAACCAGGACCUAUUUACCAGGCGGUGUCAGACGAAGCCAGCCACCAACCAGCCUGCCAGCCAGUCAGCCAUCAGCAAGCCAGCCGCCAGCCAUCCAGACACCAGCCACCAACCAGCCUGCCAGCCAGCCAGCAACAAGCCACCAGCCAGCCAGCCAGCAAGCCAGCCACCAGCCAUCCACCAGCCAGCCAGUCAGUCAGUCAGCCAUCCAGACACCAGCCAACAGCCAGCCAGUACAUCACCAGCCACCAGCAAGCCAGCCUCCAGCCAGCCAGUUGCCAGCCAGCCAGCCACUAGCCACCAGCCAGCCAGCCAGCAGCGAGCCAUUCACCAGCCAGCCACCAGCGACCAGCCAGCCAGCUUGGCCACCAGCCUGCAACCAGCCAGCCACCAGCCUGCCACCAGCCACCAGCCAGCCAGCCAGACAGUCAGCAGCCAGCCAUUCACCAGUCAUCCACCAGCCACCAACCUGCCAGUAGCCAUCCAGCCAGCCAGCCACCAGCCACCAGCCAGCCAGUCAGCCACCAGCCACCAGCCAGACACCAGCCCACCAGCCAUCCAGCCACCAGCCACCAGCCAGCCAGUCAGCCACCAGCAAGCCAGCAACCAGCCAGCCAGAGAGACCGUCAGCAGCCAGCCAUUCACCAGCCAACCACCAGCCACAAAAGUGCCACCAGCCAGACACCAGCCAGCCAGUCAGCCACAAGCAAGCCAGCAACCAGCCAGAAGCCAGCCAGCCACCAGCAAGCAGCCUGCCAGCCACCAGCCAGUUACCAGCCUGUCGGCCAGCGUUCCAUCCACCAGCCAGCCGGCCAGCCAGCCACCAGCCGGCCAGCCAGCCAGCCACCAGCCAGCCAGCCAGCCAGCAACCAGCCACCAGCCAGCCAUUCAUCAGCCAGCCACCAGCCACCAGCCUGCCACCAGCCAGUUAGCAGGCCAGCCAGACAGCCAGCAGCCAGCCAUUCACCAGCCAUCCACCAGCCACCAACCUGCCACCAGCCAGCUACCAUCCAGCCAGACACCAGCCACUAGCCAGCCAGUCAGCCACCAGCAAGCCAGCAACCAGACACCAGCCUGCCAUUCACCAGCCAGACACCAGCCAGACAGACACCAGCCAGACACCAGCCAGUCAGCCACCAGCAAGCCAGCAACCAUCCAUCCAACCAGGCAGCAGCCAGCAGCCAGCAGCCAGCCAGCCACCAGCCGACCACCAGCCACCAGCCCGACCACCAGCCAGCCACGAUCCAGGUACCAGCCUGCCGUCCAGCCUUCCGGCAACCAGAAAGCCACCAGCCAACCAGCCAGCAAGCAGCCAGCCAGCCAGCCUACCAGCCUGCCUGUCUGCCAGCCAGCCAGCCACCAGCCAGCCACCAACCAGCCACUAGCAAACCAGCCUCCAGCCAGCCAGCCAGAAACCAGCCAGCCACCAGCAAAGCCAGGCUCCAGCCAGCCAUCCACUAGCCAGCCAGCCAGCCACCAACCUGCCACCAGCCACUCAGCCAGCCAGCCACCAGCCAGACACCAGCCACCAGCCAGCCAGUCAGCCACCAGCAAGCCAGCAACCAGCCAUCCAACCAGCCAGCAGCCAGCCAGCCACCAGCCAGCAGCCUACCACCAGCCAGCCACGAUCCAGGUAACCAGCAUGUCGGCCAGCCUUCCGGCCGCCAGAAAGCCACCAGCUAGCCAGCCAGCCACCCGCCAGCCAGCAAGCCAGCCAGCCAGCCACCAGCCAACCAGCCUGCCAGCCAGCCACCAGCCAGCCACCAACCAGCCACCAGCAAACCAGCCUCCAGCCAGCCAGAAACCAUCCAGCCACCAGCAAGCCAGGCUCCAGCCAGCCAGCAAGCCACCAGCCCGCCAGCCUGCCACCAGCCAGCCAGCCACCAGCCUGCCAGCCAGCAAUCCAGACACCAGCCACCAGCAAGCCAGCAACCAGCCAGUCAGCCAGCAGCCAGCCAUUAGCCUCCAACCUGCCACCAAAUGCCAGCCAGCCAGCAGCCAGCACCAGCCAGUUACCAGCCAGCCACCAGCCACCAGCCAGCCAGCAACCAGCCAGUAA